AUGUCGCACUACUACAACCCGAUUCACCCUACUGUCAGCUCCCAGAACACAUCUCAAUAUUCCUCCCUAGGCGGAGCAGUGCGCGGAUCUCCUGCUCAGUCUUCGUUCCUCAUUCCGAAUCGACGACGUGUUCCUCAGUCCAUCUACCAGCCGACUGGCAAGUGGAGAAAUCAGACCGGUCGUCUAGCUCCCAUUCAUGCUCCUGUAUCGGUUGACUUCAAGGGUUACUCAAGACAGGGUAUGAGAAUGAUGGAGCUUUAUGCUCGUGGUGCAUUUGCCCUCAGCCAAAUGAUGGAGGGCGGGGACGAUCGGGUCCUUGCUCAUACAGGCUUGAAGCGCAUCACGCUUCACAUUCGUUGGCCUGGCUACGAGAAUUACGAGUGGAUACGAUCCAUUGAACUCAACACCUCCAGUGGUCCAAUCACUCGCGCAGAAAUCGCCGCGAUUGUUGCUCAGAAUUUCCAUCGAUACUUCGAGAAACUCCAGUAUUCCUCGACACCUGCAAUGGAAUGGCACAUCGGUCCGAUGGGCAUCUCGUUUGACAAGCUUGUACUGGUCUCUAUCUCGAACGUUUUCGAGGAUGCAUGGCAAGCCGACGUUGCCGUUGAUAUUUGAAUCUCCCUAGCCCCAUUGACGACCUCCACGAAUUUUUCUCUCGACACUAUCCAUGCAUUCAUGAUCCCGAAUUCACUCCCUUCUCAGUAGAUCCCGUAUUCAAUCUGUAUUACCACUACAACGCUGUAUCGAUUAGUUAUUGUAAUAGCAAACCCCUUUCACCUC